AUGGCAUCUUCACAAUUCAUAGUUCAACUUGUCUUCCUUGUUCUUGUGUUCAUUCUAGAGUUUGUAGAAGCUGUUGAAGUUUUCUGUUUGGUGAUGAAUGUAAGAGACUUUCAUGCCAUGGAGAAUUUCUUUACUCAUUCUGUGGUGAACUCUGGUGGACUCAAAGGUGUCUUGGGUUCAUGCUUUAUGGUUGAUAAUAUGAGAAGCAAGAACAUCACUUCAUACCAUGGAGUGCGUCAACUGAAGACGAAAAUGAAAGCACAGAUUUCAUUGAGUUCAUCAGGUUAUGCUGCCGCUGUUUUCACUCACAUUCCAAACAUUAACAAAACCUUGUUUACUCACAUCCCAAACAUUAGAUAA